GGGAGGGGCGGAGCGGAAGUGACGCAGGCGCGCUUCCGGCGGCGUGGGCGGGGCUUCGCGUCUCCUUCCUGGGAUAUCGGCGGACCGAAUGGAAGCAAAGACUCUUGGAAGUGUGACGCCCAGAAAACCUGUCUUAUCUGUCAGCGCAAGAAAAAUUAAGGAUAAUGCAGCCGAUUGGCACAAUUUAAUCCUGAAAUGGGAAGCCCUCAGCGAUGCAGGUUUUGCUACUGCAAAUAAUAUUGCCAACAUGAAAAUCAGUUUGUUGAGUAAAGACAGGACGGAGUUAGAGAGCAGCAACGAACCUGCGGAACAGACGCAUCCGGAGUACAGCCGGGAGCUCGAGGUGCUGUGUGAGCAGCUGCGGGCCACGCUGGACGGUUUGACCAAAAUACAGGUGAAAAUGGAAAAGCUGUCUUCAACGACCAAGGGAGUCUGUGAGCUGGAGAACUACCAUUACGGGGCGGAGGGCGAACGGCCCCUCCUGUUUCACACGUGGCCCACAGCCCACUUCUACGAGGCCUCCCGCCAGCUGUCCGACAUGUACGGGAAGGAGCUGCUCCUGAAGCGCACGAUCACGGAAGAGCUGGCACACUCCUCGGACCACGACCUCACCCUGAGCUACUUGUCCCUGUGGCUGCACCAGCCCUACGUGGACAGUGACAGCAAGCUGCUUCUGGAGAGCAUGCUGCUCGAAACCGGGCACCGAGCGUUGUGACCUCCGUGACCUCCCAGCACGCCUUGCGCGAGCUGCUCCGGGCCCUGGACUGUUGGCCUCUGCGCGCCCAGGGCGGCCAGCCCUCUGCCUAGGACCCAGUGCCCUGUGCCACACCUGUGCGCUGGCCUGGCCCCCGCCCGACCUUCUGAGGGUCCUCCAGACCGGACCAUCUCACCAGCUUCCCUGCAGCCUCUCCAGACACGCCUGUUACUGCUGCGUGACAUCCGCCACCCGGCGUCAUCACCCAUCGUGAACCUGUCACCCAUGAGGGCUUCUGCACGAAAUAAAUGCGUUCCUCGACAGAA